AUGGAAAAAUCCUCACUCAAAGACGAGGACACCACCUCAACAGCCGAAGGCCAAGUCCUGCCAGGCUCUGACACCGCCACCCGCAUGCCCCCAUCCCUCCGCACCCUCAGCGCCGAAGACUACAACACGCUCCACACCAAAAUCGUCCGCAAAAUCGACACGCUGAUCCUCCCCACAAUCGGCAUCCUCUACAUCCUCAACUACAUCGACCGGCAGAACCUGGCGUCCGCAAAACUCCAAGGCAUCAUGGACGACCUGCACAUGAGCACCGCCGACUUCGCCACCGCCGUCUCCAUCCUCUUCGUCGGCUACCUGCCCUUCCAGAUCCCGUCGAACCUGCUCAUCACCAAGAUCCCCCGCCCGGGCAUGUACAUCUGUCUGGCGGUCGUGGUGUGGGGGUGCAUCUCUGCCUCGACUGCAGCAGUAAAGACCUACGAGCAGCUCCUCGCCGUGCGUGCGGUACUAGGUGCCGCAGAGGCAGUCUUCUUCCCCGGCGCCAUCUACUAUCUCUCUGCAUGGUACACGAAAGCCGAACUGGGCAAGCGCAUUGCAGCGCUCUACAUCGCACAGCAGGUCGGCAAUGCCUUCGGCGGGCUCUUCGCGGCCGCCAUCCUGCAGCUCGACGGCGCGCACGGGAUCGCAGGGUGGCAGUGGCUGUUCAUAAUCGAGGGCGCGGCGACGGUGGGAAUCGGCACGGUCUGCGCCCUGGUCAUGCCCGAGUUCCCGCACAACAGCCGCAUUCUGUCGCCGCUCGAGCGGGAUCUCGCCGUGUGGCGGAUCGAGUCGGAGGCCGGGGCGGCGGAGGGGAGCGAGGAUGUCCCGCUGCUGCGGGGCUUCGUGAACGCGCUGAAGGACGCGAAGCUGCUUUUGCUGAUUCUGGCGAAUAUGCUGUCGCAGGUGCAGGGGAGUAUCGCGAAUUAUUUUCCCACGUUGGUUUCGUCGCUCGGGUUUGGCGAGACGGUUUCGCUCCUCCUCACUGCGCCGCCUUAUAUCCUUGCUGGUGGGAUUUACUACGGGAUUAUGUACUACUCUGACGUGAAGAACACGGUGUAUCCGCUUAUUAUGGGCUGUGUGGGGAUCACGGUGGUCAUGUACAUUAUACCCAUGGCGACGCUGAAUGUGGGGGCGCGGUACUUCAGCAUGAUGAUACUGCCUUUUGCAUCUGUUGGUCCGCAGUUGCUGCUGUACAAGACGAUCAACCUGCAUCUUGCUAGACCGGUGAGUAAGCGGGCGGCGGCGAGUGCGUUGGUCAAUGCGAUUGGCGGCACGUCGAAUAUCUGGGCGAGCUAUCUGUAUUACGAUGAGCCCAGGUUUCUGGCUGCGUUUGGGACGCUUUUGGGGGCGGGGGUUGCGUUGGCAGUUACGGUCACGGUGUAUCGGUGGGUUGUGCGGAGGGAGAAUAGGAGGCUUGAUGGAGGGAAGGCUGACGAGGUGGAGAAGGUCAUCAAGAAUGGGGUUACGAGGGAGAUGGUUGGGCUGGGGUGGAGGUAUGAGAUGUAUUAG